CUACCAUAAACGCAUCAGUCUCCUCGUCCUAUCUCCAUAACUACACCCGACAGCGUCAAUCUCGUCGUCGCCCCUGUUCUCACCACCAUGAACAGCCUCUGUCCAUGCCCGUGAAACUAGCCAUGCCGGUGCGCUGUCCCAUCGUGUGGUUAUGCCUGGCAUUAGUUACGACGCGCACGACCAGCGAGCUCGCAGCCCCAUCGCCGUCUCGGUCAUCUACAAUUGCUUCGAGCACCACGGCAUCCAGUCCACCGCGGUAGAUCUUCGUCUCGGUCACCGGAUGUAUCUGGCACGCGAGGAACAUUGCUGGAGUCGCCCCCCUCAUCUGCAGCUCGAGCUCCGCGGUCCCUCCUAUCUAGACCGUUGGCUUGCUAUGCGAUUUGUGCAGGAAAGGAGCGGCACGAGCGCGCAGCGGUUGCAUGCAGCGUCAUUUGCAGGCGCUGCCGUGCGCAGCCGCCCCUCGUCUCCCAUCCGCAUCUCACCCCGGCGCUGAUGGAAUCCUCUGCCUCGGUGGUGUCUCCACCUAUUUAACUGUUGAAAGAAGCUAGGUCGCUGAGUUUGAGAUCCAUAGUGUAUACGAGGAGAUGGAAAGGAAGACAAAAGAGGAUGCCAGAUUAUAACAUACCUCUGAUCCAGGCAGAUGGAGACGGACGUCAUUGCGGAUGGAUCUGGAGGCGCCGCAAUCAAAAUCUGUUCGGCCGCUGCCGCUAUCGCCAUGAUGGGCUCCUCUGCCUCGU